AUGCGGUUCCUCACGAUGCAGCGGCCGGUGCUGGCCGCUGCGGCAUCCGCGGCGUCGUUGUCGGCCUCGCGCCUGGGGCUGGGCCUCGCGGCGGCCGUGACGGUGACGGGCGCGCAGCUGAUGGGCGGCGUGCUGGCCCAGGGACGGAGAAACGCCUCGGUCAAGGCGCAGGGCGCGUACAAGAAGAAGAGCAAGAGGGGGAUACCCAAGAAGCUGGGAGCGAAGCGGACGGGCGACCAGUUCGUCAUCCCCGGCAACAUCAUCUACAAGCAGCGCGGCACGCACUGGUGGCCCGGCGAGAACUGCAUCAUGGGACGCGACCACACGAUCCACUCCAUGGCGACGGGCUACGUCAAGUACUACCGCGACCCGGCGCGGCACCCGGACCGCAAGUACAUUGGCGUCGUCUUCGACAAGGCCGACGUGCUGCCGUACCCGGCGCACGCGGAGCGCCGGCGCAGGCUGGGCAUGACGGCGCACGCGAUCCGCGCCGCCGAGGAGCGGCCCGCGCUGUCGGCGUCGGGGAUCCCGUUUGAGGUGCGGCGCCUGGGCGAGGGCGCCUCUGCCUCCACCGAAAACAACACCACCACCACCAACAAGGGCAAGGGCAAGGGCGCGGCGGCGGCGGCGCAGCAGGGCGAGCCCGAGCGGCUGCUGCGGCUGCGCGACGACUACAGCUACCGCGAGGACAACUGGCGGAUCGGGCGGCUGGUGCGGACGACGGGCCUGCGGACGACGCGGUUCCGCACGCGCAAGCAGUGGUUCCGGCACAGGCGGUGGAGGCGCGAGCGCGAGCUCGAGGGCCAGCGCAAGGCGGCGGCGCGGCGGGCCGAGGCGGGCGGCGCCGGCGACGCGGGCAAGGCGCCCAAGGCGAUGAGCAAGAAGGCGGCCAAGAAGGCUGCGAAGAAGGCCGGGAAGAAGAAGUGA